GGCGACAAAGUGCGGAGAGGCCGGCUUUUUGUGAGCACAUGUCUUAAGAAGCCUCAGUGCCGCCACUGCAGCCCGGUGCACGCGCGAACCGCCAAGAGUGAGCGGGACAGAGAACUACAUCACGUGUGGAUUUCGUACACCCAUAGUUUAUAUAGCACACUAAAAUAUUGAGCACAAAAAAUCUGGUAAUUCGGAUCCUAGUAACGACGGUCGGCAUUCAUAAUUUUACCGCAGGGUCAAGAGCACGGCUUGGCGUUUUUUCUCGCCGGCACUUUUUUUAAUGUUUAUUUUCUCGGAGCACGUGGAUUUUUUGAGAAAUUUUGGCGAUAAAGCCUUGGACUGUUGCCUUUGGGACGUGUUGUGACUGUAGUGUUACCUUUAUUAUGUGAUAUAUUUUUAGUGACAUUUAGAUAAGAACAAACUGUGAUUUAUUAUGGUGAUAUUGUUGAUGGUGGUUUUGAAGAUUUUUGGAUAGUGACAGCACUUGAAACUUGAAGAUCUCGAAAAAUUCCAUGACAAAAACAACCAACAUAUACAAGAAUAAUAUUUUUCUAAGAUAGUGCCAAAUUAAAGAGUAUAUAUUAGAUAGAAAUAUAUUUAAAAAGCAUUCAAGAUGAUGGAAGGACGGACUAUAGACUACAGGCCUGAUGGAGGCGGUCUGGACUACCAUAAUUCACCAUUGAUGGCAGAAAUUCCCAUAGACAAUUAUUCUCAUAUACAUAGAAGUAUAGAGCACCUUAGGUCUAUAGGUGUGCCGCCACCUAUAGAGCAUCAUAGGCACUUGGCAACGAAUCUGACAGAUUUGAGAAGAUACGAGCAUCCUGAUGAGAUGCCGGAAAUUAAACCUUCAGUUUUGAGACUAUCAGAAUUUAAGAGUGGACUGCAUGAGAUUAGGGCGAGUCAAGACCAGGAGAAUGAGGUACAGAGGCAGAUGACACCACAGGAUGAUGGACAGAAAGGAUACAGUGCGCCAUCUACACCGCUGUCUGAAAAUGGAGGACAAAAUCAUGAGGAAAAGGUGUUCGGCUCAAAAGCAGACCUGCAGCUACACACUCAAAUUCACCUACGAGAGGCCAAGCCCUACCGCUGCACUCAAUGUCCCAAGGCGUUCGCCAAUUCCUCAUACCUGGCCCAACACUCCAGGAUCCACCUUGGCAUCAAGCCUUACCGCUGCGAGAUCUGCCAAAGGAAGUUCACCCAGCUGUCACACCUCCAGCAGCACAUCAGAACCCACACAGGUGACAAGCCCUACCGGUGCACCCAAAUCGGCUGCACCAAGGCUUUCUCCCAGCUCUCAAACCUGCAAAGCCACAGCCGCUGCCACCAAACCGAUAAGCCAUUCAAAUGCAACUCCUGCUACAAAUGCUUCACCCACGAAAAAGAUCUUUUGGAACACAUUCCUAAACACAAGGAAUCGAAACAUUUAAAAACGCAUAUAUGCCAGUAUUGUGGCAAGAGUUACACUCAGGAGACGUACUUAAGUAAGCACAUGAAUAAGCAUGCUGAGAGGACUGAUAAGAGACCUCCGAUUUCCGCUUUAGGACUAAGUGGUCUCAACAGGUCUUUAGGUGCAGCUGCUCCUACUGCGGCCCCGUUCGGCGAUCACCCUUACUGGCCUAAAGUGAGCCCGGAUUCAGCGGCUCACAUGUCUGAUGAGGGAAAUUAUCAUCAGCAGCGUGAGAGUGAUGAGCAUCACGAGCAACAGUUGCAUCAGCAGCGCGCUUUGUUCGCUCAGCAUGAAGCUCAAGAUGAUCGUAUUCAGCCACCUGUAUCCUCGGCUGCUAACUCCGCUUUCACUCCUAUAAACUCCAUGGCACCACACUUGAAUGGGCUGUCGCAUCACAGCGCUUUACCAGCGCGACCGUACUUAUACGAUCCCCUCCAUUUCCAGCAAGCAAAGCAGCAGCCGAAUUCCUUUCCUAAUCAGCUGAUUUCCCUUCAUCAAAUCAGGAAUUAUGCUCAUCAACCGUCAGCAUUGCUUCCUGCUGAACACAUUCUCCCUCACGCUCUGUCACACAAAGAUAAACAGUAGAGACCUUGCCGUUAUAUUAUUAAUACAGUCGAUGAAAAAAGUGAAUAAUCAGACAAUAGGAAAAACGCAGUGCGUGAAUUAAGCACUUAUUUCAUUGACAUUUAGUACUUACGAUGGUAUUACUAGUUUAUUAAACAAAAUAUUAUUAAAAAUGUUUAGAAUCUCGCUCGACUACACUGGUAUUACUAUUUGCGAAUAUUUGUGAAAUUCAAUCAAUAUUCGUCUUACGAAUCCAUGUUAUUAGAUUUAAAUCGUUAUCUUGUAUGGAUACUCUGAAUUUGUGGGUAGUUUACAAAAUGUACUGGGUAAUCAAAUGUGAUUUCAAAGAUUUUAAACUUUAUUUUUAAAAAAUUGUUUUUUUUAAGCACAGAUUCUCAACUUUCCUAGAACUAUGAACCGUAUACUGGUGCUUUAAAAAAACGAGUUUUUAAUUUGAUUACAAUUUCGAUUUUAUUUUUAAUGCCUAGACAUAAACAAACGAGUAAACAUUUCUGUGUCCAG